AUGGUCGUUGUUGUGUUCGGAGUAAAUUUUUGCUUCACAUUUCCAGAAAGCGCUAUUCAUAGAGGUCAUUCUGGAGCGCGCUUCAUUAUGAAUCAAUUCUCGAUAUUUCUUGCGAAACACUCACAAAAAUUGGCACUCUUAUGCGCGGCCACAGCAUGUUCACUAUCUUAUUAUGUCCAGCCAUAUUAUGAAGUUCUUUGUCGUUGGUCUGUCACACAAUUCGAUAUAGAGUGGGAAGCAAAGCCAUCCGAACGAAUUUUACGAAUAACAAAAGAAGUUUGUUCUCACUUCAAUAUGACCGAUUAUCAGAAAUCGCAGUUAGAUAUAUUUCUUACGCCUAUAGAUGAGUCGCUAGUCUUAGGUUCUUUACGAUCGCCCGGUUAUGCAUUUAUUGGAUUGCCUUACUUUUUUGGAUAUGAAAGUUCCACUGAAAUAUCCUUAGAUUCACUAGACUUCUAUCGACCAUACUUUCCUUAUGGACCUUUUUCGAAAAUUGGCAAAGACCGUCUAGAUCUUAUGAAUUUACCUGAAUCCGCUUUGAAGUUCCUUAUAGCGCGUGAAAUUGUUCGACUUCAAGGAGUUACAGUAGUAGAUCAAAAGUUACCUUUAUCGGCUCGUAGUCAAUCACUGCUCACUUCAAAUUCAAUCAUUGGCAGUCUUUACUUAUCAUACCAAACGAUAUUUCUUCUCAACAGAACCAUCACAUUACCUCUACGUGUAUCGAUCGCUUCAAGAACAUUAAUCUACACUUUUAUAUCUUUGUUCGGACUGUUUUUUCAACAUCAAAUGAUAUUAGCUUGGCGUAGAUAUUGUUGUUUGCGAGCUGAUCAAAUUGUUUGCAGUCUAGGUGAAUCAUUUAGACAAGGUGGUCUUCAAUAUUAUGACUGGCGUAUACGAUGGAAUAAGUUUUGGGCUGAACGACAAGAAGAAUUCAAAGAAAGAAAACGCUUAAUUAAAAAAAGCAAUCAUAAUGGAGCAGCGAGGUAUGAUCCUGUUAUGAAAUAUCAAUUGGAAAUUGAGAAAUCUGCAGGGAAGAAUACUACUGAAACUGAUUAUUAUCUUCCUAAAUCUGAAGAUAUUCCACUUGAUUUAUCAAUAAUAAAACAACAACUUUUAAAUGAUAAAAAUCGCGCAAAUAUAAAUUAUCUUCAAAGAAAUCGUUUCAAUAAUUCUGGUAAUGAAUUAUGGUCUGGUGAUGGUGAUGGUAUUAAUUUAGGAUGGACUGGUAUAUUAUCUAUUGGUAUAAUACCAAAAAUAAUCUCUUCAUUAUUUAAUUUAUUCUCUACACCAGCAACUAGUUCACAACGUUAUCAUCAAUUAAAUGAAUUAGAAGUGAAAACAAUCAAUUAA